UGACGUAGCGCGAUUAUCGCAAUGUGGCAAGAUAAGAGACAGUGGGUUUUAAAUUGUUAAAAACUUAAAAACAUUUUUAAAGUGUAUUUCACUUAAAGUUUUACGGGUAGCUUUCUUAUCAGGAAGGAAAAUGUAACCUAACUGUGUGAAUUUAUAAUUUUGAAAAUACAGUUGUAGUUUUCAAAUAAGAAUAUUUUUGGAAAAAAUACUCAAAUGGCAAGAGGAAGACAGUUCGCUCCAUCACCCGCAUCGGAUGGAAAAUGGUUUGUUCAUCGGGGUUCUGAGAGCGCGUACGGGGAGCGGAAGUGCCUCACUAGUACUGGCGUUAUGCUAGCUGCACCGUUUGGACAGGAAGCGGAAACCAAACCAGCCCCUCCACCACCUCCCUUCCGGUCCAAAACAGAGAUUAACUACAAGACCGCAAACAAAUUUUCAGAACACAAUAACAGACACGCAUUUCAAGAUCAUGGCGUCUAUUUUGGCAAUGGAAAGGAUGAAAGAACAUUGGGUCGUAAAAUAAAACUGCCAGAACUCCGUCUGCACCACACAGAGAAGACGUUUCUAAAGCAUCAUUCCAGAAACCCCGUGGACGCUGAUUUAAACACAAACUAUAGGGUAGCGUACCUCGGUCAACCCACCGAAAAUCCGCCAGCGCACCGGCGUUUUGCCCGGAAGCACAGAGCUCCGGAGACCGGAAGUAUUAAAUUACAGACAUCUACAACCGAUUGGCAUAAGUCCCCGGAUGUUCCGUACAGAACGCCGACUCACGUGUUAGCCGUAUCACAGGAACCAUUUCCGAAGCAUAAUCCGUGGAAAUACUCCAACCAUGGCAUGAGAGACAUUUACCCCCCUUAUGAAAGGAGCACCAAACCACUAGUGAAUAACCAAUUUAACAAAUACGGCGCUGCUUUUGCGGCUGCAAGUGAUUAAAAAAUGUUAUUAUUUAAUUAUAUAGGAAUAAUUAUUCUCAAAUUCUCUUCUUGUAUGUGCCCACUGAUUAAAAGGACUGUAUUUAUAAGUAUACAUGUUUAAGGAUUUUUGUCUAAAUGUAAUAAAAAAGAUAAAAACGUUAUAAGGAAAAAUAAUACUAUGUAUCAUUAUGCGCAGGAUCAUGGGAGAUUGGAAAUGCAAGUUGGUUUAGCGCAUGCAAGAACUCAUUGGAUAAAAGACACUAUAAAAUACAUAUGUUCGUUAAUUAUUAAUCUCUUAAUUUUCUUAUGUAUGCACUUGAACUUUUCUCUGUUUAUGAAUAGUGCAUCGGCUUGGUGUCAGUCUGUUUUCAUGCAUUGGCAUGUACUAGUAUUAUAAUUGUUGAAUACAAUAUAAAUAUUUUUUUUCUAUUUUG